AUUGCGAUCAUGGCUUCUAACGCAUAGGCAUUGGGUCCUCGCACGGACCUGGAUCCACCUCAGCUCCCCCGAUUCGGGGAAACCAUUCGGCAGAUCCGUUUUACGGCUUUUCUUGCUAGUGGUGUUGCUGUUCUCAUGCUCUUUCCUUUUUCCUCUUUCUUGAAGUUUCUUCAAUAUUUUGAAGUUCGUGUGCCUGGUGAUUGUUCCCUUCCCUUAGCACCUCUUCGCGAUAAGAACCUUUCAUACAAUUCGCGGUCUAUCCUGCUUACCCGUGCUCUUGCAUUCCGACACUUCUUUCCUAACCGUAUUUACGUGAUCUAGGGAUAGGUAUAUAUAUGUUGGUCGGUUGUGCAGCUAAUAAGUCCCCCUGAAGUCUCUCCCUUGAUCCAACCCUGAAUCGUUAGAGGACUUGCUUCUCACUAUCGGCAACUCACUGCUCUCAGGUUUUCAUAUAUAUAAUUUCAAGGAGUUGCCUAUCACCUCCGGUCAAAGUUCUGUGGGUGCUGGAGCUCACAUGUCUUCGUUACCCUCGCCCAAUAUAGCACCUAAUGUUGAGACGGGACUCUUAACGGGCAGCUCAAGUCAAGAAGGACUACAAAAUCACCCCAUGGAGGCUGAUGUAAGUCACUCCUUUCCCAUUUCUCUUUCAUUAUCAUUCAUACUUUUAUAGUCCCCCUGAAAUCCCCCCCUUUGCUGCAUUGGCGUCACCUAGUGGUGUCCUGCGUUUGAAUAAAAAACUAAAAAAAAUAACGCCUGGAACCAUUCUCGAGGCCACUGCUGUGCCUGGCCGAUAGCACACAGUUGGGGUGGGGGUCUUUCGAGAGACUUCCCCUAUGCUGACUCUUCAGGAUACAACAAUACCGAAUCCAGACUUACUGACAAGUUCAGAGUACCGCAUCAGACGCCUCGGAUGACCAUGGGAUUGGCGACGAUUUGUACGGACCUUCCAUCUUCUUCUGAACAUUACCUAAUAGUGAACACAAUAGAUCCACGUAUACCGCUAGUCUUGCCUCCACCGUCUCUGACUAUCAAUAUGAAAACGGUCGCAGGUAUAAUGGAUACCGUCGAGGAAGUAAGUUUUGUUUUUUUCUGAACUCGAGCAGUUUUCAAGCGUAUUAAUCCUACAGACUAUGUAUUCCCAAAUGAUCAGGCAAAUCGCAUAUCCCUCUCCAGAAAUCGUUCCGGGAACUAAUGGGGACACAGCAAGAAAUUGAAAGGCUUCACCUACAACACCAUAUGAUAUCUGUUCUAUUCAGCGGAAGGCUGCACUGGGCCCCUAUCGACCCCAAUCCACAAAGGAUACUGGAUAUCGGUACUGGCACCGGAUCAUGGGCAGUAGAUAUUGCGGAUAUGUAUCCCUCAGCCCACGUAUGUGCCCCAUAAUAGGCCUCGGGGAUAAUAAUAAAUAUGUUCGGAACGGAAAAAUCGAACUAAAAUAUUGAGCUACAGGUCAUCGGAACAGACUUAAGCCCUAUCCAAAGCCACUGGGUCCCGCCGAACCUAGUCUAUGAAAUUGAUGACGCAGAAAGCGAAUGGACAUACAAGCGCGACUCUUUCGAUCUUGUUCAUACCCGCUUCUUGACAGGAGCAUUCGCGGAUUGGCCAAAAUUCACAGAAAGAUCAUUCAGGUUUCUCUCCCUCCUCUCCUUCCCCCGUUUCUUUAUUCACAGCCUAACUUUUCAUCAGAGCUCUAAAGCCCGGGGGGUGGAUUGAAUGCCAGGAAAUUGAAAGCCGAAUCCUCUCAGACGACGGAACUCUUCCACCAGACUCAGCCCUUGCAAAAUGGAGCCAACUUCUCAUCGAAGCAGCAGAAACUUAUGGACGCAGCGUUAUGGCAGCUGCUAAAUUAGCAGAUUGGAUGGAGGAUGCGGGAUACGUGAACGUUACCAACCGAUGUUUCAAAAUCCCGAACAAUGCUUGGCCCAAAGUCUCUCCCUCCCCCCCACCCCAGACCAACUUUCUCAGCCCCGUGUCCCCGUCCUCAUUCCUUUUUUUCUUUCACGACCCAAGUUAACUAACAAAAAAAUGAGGAACAGAACCCAAAAAUGAAGGAAGUAGGGAUGUACCAAAUGGUGAAUUUCUUGGAUGGCUUACAGGCUCUCACAAUGGCACUGUUCACGCGGGCGCUGAGGUGGACAGCAGCUGAGGUGGAGUCCUUCCUGGUAGAAGUGCGGAAGGAUAUUAAGAAUAAACAUAUUCAUUCCUAUACUAAUUUGUACGUUUCGUCCCUCUCUCCAUUUCCAUACCUUCUCCUGUGUCCCCUUGUUGUUCGCACGCUAAUGAAAAGGGUGGGUAGUUACGUUGCUUACGGGCAAAAACCGGAAUAGUGCAUGUGGUAUCACUCGACCCCAAGGAUUAAGGAACAAUGGGUUGGAAUCAAUUGUAGUGAUGCAGCUGAAAAUCGGGCGGGGAUAUCGGAGGCCAAUAGCAUAUUAUCAAACAUUCUUCCUUCUUCUCCGUUUCCAUAUCGCCCCAUGAAUAUACCGGCAUCCAUCAC